CCUGCCAUAACUAGCAGCACUAAACAAAACAGCACGCGCAGAAAUAGACAAACUGCAUUGUUUACCAGAUUCCAAAGUAUCCGAGAAAACUUGAAUCCCGCCGAGAUGGACAUCCUACUGGCCAACGUGAGCGGGCUGCAGUUCAAGGCAGAAAGGGAUCUGAUUGAACAGGUGGGCGCCAUCCCACUGCCCUUUUACGGCAUGGACAAAUCCAUUGCGGCGGUUUGCAAUUUUAUCACCCGGAAUGGCCAGGAAUGCGACAAGGGAAGUGCAUGUCCAUUCCGACACAUCCGUGGCGAUAGGACUAUUGUCUGCAAACAUUGGCUACGCGGUUUGUGCAAAAAGGGCGACCAGUGCGAGUUCCUUCACGAGUACGACAUGACCAAGAUGCCCGAGUGCUACUUCUACUCAAGAUUCAAUGCCUGCCACAACAAGGAGUGCCCCUUCCUGCACAUCGAUCCCCAGAGCAAGGUGAAGGAUUGUCCUUGGUACAAGAGAGGCUUCUGCCGCCAUGGUCCACACUGCAGGCAUCAGCACCUCCGUCGAGUCCUUUGCAUGGACUAUUUGGCGGGAUUUUGCCCGGAAGGACCCGCCUGCAAGCAUAUGCAUCCUCAUUUCGAGCUGCCCCCUCUGGCGGAGCUGGGCAAGGAUCAGCUGCACAAGAAACUGCCGACGUGCCACUAUUGCGGGGAGCUGGGGCACAAGGCCAACUCUUGCAAGCAAUAUGUGGGCAGUCUGGAGCACCGCAACAAUAUCAAUGCGAUGGAUCACUCAGGACACUCGGGAGGGCAUUCUGGCUACUCCGGACAUUCUGGCCAUUCCGAGGGCAACGAGGACAACCCCAGCAGUCACCACAGUCAGCCACAUGGACCUGGUUUUGUCAAGGUGCCCACGCCGCUGGAGGAGAUCACCUGCUACAAGUGCGGGCACAAGGGACACUACGCCAACAAGUGUCCCAAAGGCCAUCUCGCCUUCCUCUCCAAUCAGCAUAGUCAUAAGUAGGAUCCGCUGCUCUGUAUGAUUAGAUUAUAAGAGAGUGCAGAAAAUAAAGGUAGAAACGGGUGCUAUUCUGGCCCCCUGAAGCCACAUAGAUCGAAAGAUCCUUCCUGCCGCAGGUGAUCGUUUUGUAUAUCCAUUGAUCAUUUCAACCUUGAAACGAGCGUUGGCCUACAUUUUCCGAAAAUGUCUCAUUAACUGCCAGUAGAUUGUAUUUUGUUAUCAGCGAAAUAAACUUUUUCAUAAGAAUCCAAACAGA